GGUCAGUGCAAGGUCGGUUUCGGGCCAGCUGGUUGAGCCGGUGUGCUGAUGAGUAAGGGCAGCUGGUGAGUCAGCGCUUGGUGCUGCUGGUCAUGCUCAGACAUGCACUGACUGCGCGGCGGGUCUAGCCCUGACUUGUCUGCUCGCUCGUAUUUAUAGGCACUGGCUGCCGAGCGGCGCAGCACUUGAGGUGGGGAGAAUCGCUCUCCCCCUGCACCAGCACUUUAGCCUUUCCUGCUACAGGCAGCCGUGCAAUAUGAAUCUCACAUCCACUACAAAUUGCUUAGAAAAUUCCCACAUCAUGGCUUCAGAUCAAGAAAAACUGGUUAAGCCCACACCACUGUUGUUAUCUUUGUUAAAAUCUGCAGGUGCCCAAAAAGAAACCUUUACAAUGAAAGAGGUUAUAUACCAUCUUGGUCAGUACAUAAUGGCCAAGCAGUUGUAUGACGAGAAGCAGCAGCAUAUUGUCCACUGUUCCAAUGAUCCUCUUGGAGAACUAUUUGGUGUACAGGAAUUUUCUGUAAAAGAGCCAAGGAGACUAUAUGCAAUGAUAUCUAGGAAUCUGGUUUCAGCAGCUGUAAAAGAGUCAUCUGAAGAUGUUUAUGGAAAUCAUGUGUGCAGUUUUCCAGACAAGCAGAAAAGUCAGAAGGAAUUACUUCAGGAGCUACCUGAGAAAGUAAUAGCACCAGCUUAUGACUCAAAACCAUGCAACUCAUCCCAGAGGAAAAGCAACAAUGAAACAGUUUGUGUAGAAGAAAUAUCUUCAGUUGAUCAUCCUGCAGAGCAACAAAGAAAGCGACAUAAGUCAGACAGUAUUUCUUUAACCUUUGAUGAAAGCCUUUCGUGGUGGGUGAUAAGUGGCUUACGGUGUGAUAGAAAUAGCAGCGAAUCGACAGACACUUCCUCUAACCCAGAUCCAGAAAAACACACUGUCGAUGACAAUUCUGAGCAAGAUUCUGAUUCAGAUCAAUUUAGCGUUGAAUUUGAAGUAGAAUCUGUGUAUUCGGAUGAUUAUAGUCCUAGUGGAGAUGAACAUUGUAUUUCAGAGGAGGAGGAGGAGGAUGAAAUCAAUGAUGAGGUAUAUCAGGUGACUAUAUACGAGGCUGAAGAUAGCGAGACUAACGCUUUUGAUGUUGAUACUGAGAUUUCAGAAGCUGAUUAUUGGAAGUGCUCAGAGUGUGAAGAGAUAAAUCCCCCUCUUCCAAGUCAUUGUCAUCGAUGCUGGGCUCUCCGUAAAGACUGGCUUCCUGAAGAAAGCAAAAAAGAGCUUCACCCAUCAAAGAGAAAAAGAAUGGAGACAGAGGAAGAUGAAGGCUUUGAUGUCCCCGAUUGUAAGAAAAGUAAACUAACAAGCUCUCAAGACACGAAUAUUGAUAAAAAAGAAGCUGAAAGCAUACAGAUUUCUGAAUCCCAGGAAACUGAGGAUUGCUCUCAGCCUUCUACAUCUGGCAGCAUUGCUUCCUGCAGUCAGGAGGCGACCAAGGAAGAUACAAGGGAUGAAAGCAUGGAGCCUAGUCUCCCACUUACCAGCGUUGAGCCAUGUGUCAUAUGUCAGACUCGCCCCAAGAAUGGCUGUAUUGUUCAUGGGAGAACAGGUCAUCUGAUGGCAUGCUAUACUUGUGCAAAAAAGCUCAAGAAGAGGAACAAACCUUGCCCUGUGUGCAGAGAGCCAAUCCAGAUGAUCGUGCUAACAUACUUUAGCUAAAACAUCCUAACAUCCUAAAAGAACUUGUGAAAUUUUGAAAAUCUUGUACUUAGAAUAAUUAAAGCACUAUAUGAAGACUUAUUAAUAAUUUAAGAAAAAUGUCUACAUGCAUAUUUAUAUAAUUUUUCACAUGGUACCAACUGCAUCAAGAAUUGAAGGAAAGUGCCAUCAGUCCAAAAAUACUCUAUCAACUUAGUCACCAAGGACCUAAUGUAGUGGAGUGUGCACUAUUUUCCCAUUUACAAAGACUGUAGUUUCCAUCUAAAUAUGGAAGCUGAGGGUAUGAGCUGUGUAGUGCAAGUAGAUUCUAUUCAGAGUUCUAAUGAAAUGCAAUUUGCUUUAUUUAGAAUUGUUUUCCUCCAUAUAUUUAUAAAUGCAGAUUUUCAUUAUUUACAGAUCUUUAGACACCUUAUUUGGCAUAUGUAUUAGCUGACUAGACAGACAUUAGGAGUGCUUAACAUCAGCUCAGAGCUGCAGCAUUCUAGGCUAUGUUUUGGGGUAAAAUAAUUUUGAGGAAUUUUAAGGACAGAUAUGUGUUCCGUCAUAACAUGAAAUGGAAAUGUUUUAAGGAUUUUCAGUUACAGUGUUCACUCCUGUAUAAAAACAUACUAUAUAUUUCUUACUUUCUGAAGAUUCAGCUAUCCCAUUAUUUUUUAUUUGCACUGAAAAUUUGGUAGCAUUCCUACCACAGAAAACCUCACCCACUUCAAUUCAUUCCCUAUGGGUCACUUAGAAACAUAUUUAUUUACAAUUUAAUAAAUACACUUAUGAAAAUCCCAUAGGAAUAAAUAAAGUGGGUGAUUUAUUCUGUGGUGAGCUUCAACUGACUCCCAAGUGGGUACAUCCUGACACUACUAGUACAGAUGGUUUUCUGCUUGAAAUUACACACUGGAGUGUUCUAAGGUCAAAACCAACCUGUAAUAGUUUUGUCAGUGUCAUUUGGUGCAACAGUGAAUUUUCAUUUAGCUGAGCCUUUUAAUGUAUUUUUAAUUAAAUAAAGCCUUAUUCAGAGCAUUGUAGAACAGAUCUACUAUCUCCCAGUGCCAUUUGCAAAUGGGGCAGUCACUAUCUUUGGUAAACACUUUUGUGGAAUGCUCUUUGUAUGGCCAUCUUUAGUUGCAUUGAUUUCUUUUUUGAGACACAUGUUUCCCAUUGAUACCUGAAUAAUACAAUCAUUUGUCCAUUGUCAUCAGCACAUUGUACAAUAAGUACUGUAAUUGUUUUAUAUAGAGCAAAUGCCUUGUGUCUGAGAGCCACAUGUCUGUACUUUCUCUUUGCUUUGCUGUACUAGAUAUACAAAUUAGUAACCUUUUAUAUUAGAUAUAAUAGUAUAAAUCUA